UUCAGAGAUUGGACCUAUGUGCCGCUCGCCAAAUCGAAGUCUCUCACCCACAGUGGCUGUCCUAUUGUCGAUGGAUGCACAACAGUACUCGCAGACAUUUUGAACGAAGUAACAGAAAUUCGCAGUGAAGCUGCCGAAAGGAUCUUCCCAUCGCUUUUGCUCUACGAAAGUAAUGUCUCCGACAGUACUGAUCAAUGCCGAGCAGUCCGUGAUAUGGCCGAGUUCCUGCCAGUGCUACUCGACCUUUCUCGUUUUCUAGCUAGGACCAGCUUGGUCUUUCGGAAUCUGUUGUUUCAGAUACGAGGAUUUCAUGGACUGGAACCCGACGACUUACCAGCGGCGCCAGAUCGGAAGUUAUUUCGAGCUUGGUUCGGUCUUGGAGAAUUGUUGGCUGUUCUCCUUCAAACGGACAAAAUUAUCGAAUGUCGUCCAGCAAUCCGAAAUGAUUGGAACAGCUAUUCUCGUGCAAUGGGAACAGCUCAACAUAACCCCGCCCAGUUUGGAGUGACCGUUGAAGAAAUGCACCCCCUGAUAACCACCAUCGCGACAAUUGAUGGGCAAGUCAUGGCCGGAAAUGGACUUCGCAACUGCUACGAGCAAAGCUAUGGGGAACUGGAUGAGGACAAGAAGUUUGCCGCACGCAUGCGAGCCGCAAUCGUCGAGAUUUAUAAUCAAUGGGAAAGAGCGGCAGAUAGUGAUAUGCCGGACAAAUACCGACUGAUGGUUAUCGUGUCGUUGUUCGUCUUUUUUCAACUGCACUUCGCUAUCAAUGACAACAAACUAGGAAGGAUCAUUUGGAAAGAGCCACAAAAAGGUAGCUUCACUGCAUAA